AUGCCUGGCAAUGACAACAUAGUCAACAUUGCAGCAGGAGGAGGUAGCCUCGAGGUGGUUGAGCGAUUACUUAAAGCAAACGCCGAUUUUAAUGCCCCUGCUGCUAGUGACUAUACUGGGCGAACAGCACUUCAAGCAGCAGUGGAAAGAGGUUACCUCGAUGUUGCGUAUCGACUAACACAGGCUGAGGCAAUCUGA